GCGGACAUGACGGAAGUUUAGACGGUUGCUCUGGGUGAACGAAGGGAACACUGACAGCAUCGCAUCAAACAAGAAAUUAUUCUCGCCCCCUAUAUUAACCCAGUUUCCCCUUUCCCUCACACAUGGCGUCCAAUUCUAACAUAGAUAUUGAGGGUGCGACCCAGCAUCUUCGGGACAUCCUCAAGCUCGACCGUCCCGGGAACAGCACCGAUGCACCAUCGACUGAUGGCCCAAGAAUGCCAUCUUUUAACGGAGAGCUGAAUGGGCUAUUGGGAGCAGCAGGCCUUCUGGGAGGCACUGAUCGGUCCACCAUGUCAGAAUCUAGCAGACCCAUCUCCACAGACCUCAGCAGUGCUCAGGAGUGUCAGAUAAUCUGCCUUUCGGGUGAUGAUCGCUCCACCUGUAUCCCCAUCACCUCCAACAAUGUGGAGAUUGUGGCAAGUCAAGAUUCCAGCAUCAACAGCAAGGCUCGUGGCAGCAACAAGGUGAAGAUUCAACCUGUUGCCAAGUACGACUGGGAACACAAAUAUUAUUAUGGCAGACUGAUAGCCGUGUCCAACUCCUUCCUGGCCUACGCCAUCAGAGGAGCCAAUAACCAUGCAAUGAUUCGUGUCCUGAGUGUGAGUUUCGCCGAGCGCUCCCUUCUGAAGGGCUUCACUGGAGCUGUCACAGAUCUGGCUUUUGCCCACCUCGACUCCUCCCUGUUGGGUUGUGUAGAUGAAGCGGGCAACUUGAUGGUCUGGCAGCUCACCUGCACUGGAAACAAGAUACUUGAUCAGGUGGUGGUUCAUAUCCAACGGCCAGAAAACACUCCACUGAACUCUCAUCGUCGCCUCAUCUGGUGCCCGUUCAUCCAGGAUGACAAUGAGGAGAACCAGGACGACACCAGCCAGACCUUAGCCCUUCUUCACGAAGACAUGGCUGAGGUGUGGGACCUGGAAGUCUUGAGGGCCAACAAUAGCAGUUGGCCUGUCGAUUCCACAGAUGUAAAAGAAGGCCUCAUCACAGUCAAGGGACAUAACCAGCGAGUCAGUGAAGGGGCCCUGUCUCCAGAUGGAACGGUGUUAGCCACAGCCAGCCAUGAUGGAUACAUCAAGUUCUGGCAGAUAUACAUUGAGGGGGGACAGGAUAAGCCAAGAUGUCUUCAUGAAUUGCGGCCCCACGGAGGACGUCCCCUUUCCUGCCUUCUUUUCUGUGACAACCACAAAAGACAGGACCCAGAAGUUCCUUUCUGGCGGUUCCUCAUAACCGGAGCGGAUCAGAACCAGGAGUUGAAAAUGUGGUGCACAGUUUCCUGGACCUGUUUACAGACCAUCAGGUUUUCUCCAGAUCUGUUCAACUCAUCAGUUCUGCCGAGUCUGAAGGCCAGUGUGGACCUCUCUGCUGAGUAUCUUAUCCUCACCGACGUACAGAGGAAGGUUCUGUAUGUGAUGGAGUUGCGGCAGGAUCUGGAGAAAGGCAAGGCCAGUUUCACAGCGGUGUCAGAGUUCCUGCUGACCCACCCAGUGCUCAGCUUUGGGGUCCGGGAUGUUGCCCACAGCCGAUUGCGACACACUGAGGUCCUCACUGCAGAGGAGGAGAGCGAGAGCAUGACAACAGAGGGCACUCAAGGACCCACAGAGUCUAAGUCUGGGAUACAAAUAAAACUCUACUGUGUUCACACCAAGAGUCUGCAGGAUGUCCAGAUCUGGUUUCAGCCCAACUUGGGUUCCAGCUCUGCAGCCUUCCUGCCCCAUUCUGAUUCCCAAGAUGGUUUUGCAGGGUUUUCAGACCAUCUUACUGACCAGAGCUCUGACAAGGAAUCAGGAAGUGGCUCCCAGACUGACCUAAGGAAGAUCCCAUCGCUUCCUGCUCCCACUGACUUCCUGUCAAACUCAGGCGCCAGCAGUGGGACCAAGCUGAUGACUCCUGACGCAUUCAUGACACCAAGUACUUCGGUACCGGCCUCUCCUGGCAGCAGUGCCAGCAGUCUGACUAUUGUGACAGCUAUCAGCAGCAACUCAGACUCAACUAACAGAGCUAUAGACGAUGUGAGUCAGAGUCCUAACAGAGCAGAGAACAACAGCAGCAGCAGUUUGGCAGUCUCCACCUCCACCAGCAGCCCAAGAGCUGCCUCUGCUGUGCUGCUGCCUGGACUGGAGAGCCUACAAGCUUUAGCGUCCCCUAGUGGUCCUCUUGCACUCGACAGCCCUCAGGUUCUGGAUUCUCCCCUCCUGCCACCUCUGGCUUCUCCGACCAGGGCACGCUCCCCUGAUGUCAUUUCCUCAGCCUCCACAGCCAUGUCCCAGGACAUGCCGGAGAUUGCAUCUCAGACUCUGCAGCUUCAGCGUGGAAUGGUGUCAAGCUUGGAGCCCUUACCUCUUUCUGCCCUUCAGACAGACAGCAUGGCCUCUGCUGCGUCUGCGCUGCACCUUCUCACCUCACCACGUACAGCCAACAGCAACAGCCUGUUGCCCCUCGAACUCGGAGGUGCUGAUGGAUCAGUGGGCGGGGCCGUAGAGUCAGAGCCCAGACUCAGUCACACCCCAUCUUUACUUGAGAACGCCUUAUCACAGGAGAACCCUGGGGUUGGUGGAGGGUCCUCAGAUGGUAGUGUUAGCCACACACCUUGGCCAGCUGCACCCGAUAUCACGAGAGAAACCAGGAACAGUCUGAGAGACAACGGUCUUGGUGACUGUUCAAGAGACGAGUCAAACGACAGACACUUGAGCUCACCUUACCAUCGACGCUCCUAUCACCUCACACAGAAUGACAGUCAGGAAGCUGGCGCAGAGCAGAGUGACCCUGAUGAUGAGGUGGCCAGCCUUGCAUCAUCCUCAGGAAACUGUGGUUCUCGUUCUUCUCACAGACUACCGGUUAAGGACUGGAAGACCUCGCCACGAGGCUCGCCAAAAGUAAAGAGGAAGACCAAGAAAGAUGACAGUGAAUCAUCUCAGUCCAGGCAAAUGGACUCUGGUCAGAUAAAUGCAGAAGUACAGGACGAGUUGUUGAUGCUGCUGCGCAGCCAGCAGAGGGAGUUGACUGAACUGCGAGGACAGAUUGAAGCUAUGCAGAGCACUAUUAUGGCCCAAGUAGAGCACGUCCUUACCAACCACCAGGAACAAGAGCAGCGCAGACUAGAGCGAGUUCUGGCAGAGAGUCAGAAUCAUCAGCAGCAGCUUCAGGAACAACUCAGCCAGCAGCUCAGCCACACCCUCAGCACGGUGCUAACCAACAGAAUGGACAAAGUGCUACGAGAGGAGAUGAAGAAAACAGUCCCACAAACAAUCUCAAAGAGUCUGGAGCCAGUGACAGGUCAGCUGAACAAUACAAUUGCUGCUAAACUGACCGCUGUGGAGGUCACCCUGAAGGACAAUGUCAGCAAGGUGGUCAAAUCAAAGAAUACAACAGAUGCAAUUGGUCGAGCAGCAGCUGAGGCGAUGCAGGGGCCCAUCCAAGCAGCCUAUAAAGACACCUUCCAAAGCAUCGUGCUGCCUGUUUUUGAAAGAGGCUGCCAAUCCAUGUUCCAACAAAUCAACGACAGCUUCAAACAAGGCACACAAGAAUACAUCCAACAGCUUGAGACCCAUGUGAAGAACAGAAAGCAGAGGGAGCAGGAGUCACGAGACCCCAUGAUUGGCCAGCUCCAGCAGAUGAUCGACAGCUUCCAAAGCUCCACUGAUCAGCUGGCCAAUAACAUCACAGCUAACGUCCGGGCAGACGUCCAGCACCAGAUCCAGAUGAUGGUGGGAAAUUUGCAGGAGUCUAUUCUUAGCCACGUGCAGCGAAUUGUCAAAGGGGAGGUGAGCCUGGCAAUGAAGGAGCAGCAGGCAGUGGUGACCUCCAGCAUCAUGCAGGCAAUGAGGUCGGCAGCUGGCACGCCCGUCCCCACAGCACACCUAGACUACCAGACACAGCAGGCCAACAUCCUGCAGCUCCUCCAGCAGGGCCAGCUCAACCAGGCUUUCCAGCAGGCUCUGUCAGCAACAGAUCUGAACUUGGUCUUGUAUGUGUGUGAGACCAUCGACUCUCAGCAGGUGUUUGGUCAGCACCCCUGCCCUCUCAGCCAGCCCGUGCUGCUGUCGCUCAUCCAGCAGCUCUCCUCCAACCUCUCAACCCGCUCUGAGCUCAAAAUCAGCUACCUGGAGGAUGCAGUGAUGAACCUGGACCACGGGGACCCGCUGACAAGAGACCACAUGUCCUCCGUGCUGGCCCAGGUUAGGCCGAAGCUCUUUACCUUCUUGCAGCAGGACCCCCACAGCCCGCUCAGCAAGAGGGCGCGGCGCCUAAUGAUGAUGCUGCAGGGUCUCGUCAGCCACUAG